GUCAGUAAGCUUACAAAUGAUUUCAGGGAUUUCAUCCAUGCAUGUGAUACGGAGGUAGCCAAGAUUGAUGUUAAGCAAGAAACACCAGUUGGUCAUGGAGAAAUUACAUGCUUCAGCAUUUAUUCUGGACCUGAUGCUGAUUUUGGAAAUGGAAAAACUUGUGUCUGGGUAGAUGUCCUUGAUGGUGGUGGGAAGGAUAUUUUAGUAGAAUUCGCUCCAUUUUUUGAAGACCCAUCAAUUAAAAAGGUAUGGCACAACUAUAGCUUUGAUUGCCACAUCAUAGAGAACUAUGGAUUUAAAGUUUCUGGGUUUCAUGCUGAUACAAUGCACAUGGCUCGAUUAUGGGAUUCCUCUAGACGAACAGAGGGAGGCUAUUCCCUUGAGGCACUUACAGGUGAUCGCUUUGUCAUGUGUGAUGCAAGAGUGUCCCCUGGUGAAGAGCUGUUAGGUAAAGUGUCAAUGAAAACUAUAUUUGGCAGAAAAAAGCUGAAGAAAGAUGGAACAGAAGGUAAAGUCGACAUCAUUCCUUCUGUUGAAGAGCUGCAAAGAGUGGAGCGCAAAUCAUGGAUUUGUUACUCAGCGUUAGAUUCCAUAAGCACGUUGAUGCUUUAUGAAAGUUUGAAAGUUAAACUCACUAAGAGGGUCUGGAAGCUUGAUGGAUUUUAUAAAGGGAACAUGCUUAACUUUUAUGAGAGAUACUGGCUUCCAUUUGGUGAGCUUCUAGUUCAUAUGGAAACUGAGGGCAUGCUGGUUGAUCGUGCCUAUCUUGCUGAGUUGGAGAAAGUGGCUAAAGCGGAGCAGGAGAUUGCUUCUAAAAGGUUUCGCAACUGGGCAUCUAAGCACUGCCCUGAUGCAAAAUACAUGAAUGUGGGUAGUGAUGCACAGUUGCGUCAGCUCUUUUUUGGGGGCACUCUGAACAGAAAGGACCCUAAUGAGAGUCUUGGAAAUAAGAGGGAUUUCAAAGUUCCCAACGUUGAGAAUAUAAUUGAAGAAGGCAAGAAGGCUCCAUCAAAAUUUCGUAAGAUCACUCUUCAUAAGAUUGGUGACCACAUCGAGACUGAUUUGUACACUGCUAGUGGCUGGCCAUCGGUUAGUGGAGAUGCUUUAAAGGCUCUCGCUGGGAAAAUUUCUGCUGAUUUUGAAAUCAUGAGUGAAGCAGAUGACAAUGUGGAAGAAGUGUCUGCUUCAAGCUCUGAUGGGCUGUCUGUGGCUAAUAAUGAAGCACCCUGUACAGAGCCAGAGGCUUCAGGGUAUGGAACAGCUUAUAAGGCAUUUGGGGGUGGAAAAGAAGGAAUUGAGGCCUGCCAUGCCAUUGCCUCUUUAUGUGAAAAUUGCUCUAUAGACUCUCUAAUUUCAAACUUCAUCCUUCCUUUGCAGGGCGGUGAGGUAUCAGGCAAGAAUGGGCGCAUCCACUGUUCACUGAAUAUAAAUACUGAAACUGGGCGCUUGUCAGCAAGGAGGCCAAAUUUGCAGAACCAGCCUGCUUUAGAAAAAGACAGGUAUAAAAUUCGUCAGGCAUUCAUCGCUGCACCUGGGAAUUCCUUAAUUGUUGCUGAUUAUGGGCAGUUGGAACUUAGGAUUCUUGCACACCUUGCGAAUUGUAAGAGCAUGCUGGCUGCCUUUGAAGCUGGUGGAGACUUCCAUUCAAGGACUGCUUUAAACAUGUAUCCACACAUACGAGAAGCAGUUGAACAAAAGCAUGUUCUCCUAGAGUGGGACCCUCAGCCUGGUGAAGACAAGCCACCAGUUCCUUUACUAAAGGAUGCUUUUGCCUCUGAAAGAAGGAAAGCGAAGAUGCUUAAUUUUUCCAUUGCAUAUGGAAAAACUGUAGUGGGGCUUGCUCGGGAUUGGAAGGUAUCUGUGAAGGAAGCCAAAGAAACAGUUGAUCGCUGGUAUAGUGACAGAAAGGAAGUAUUAUCUUGGCAAGAACAACGUAAAUCUGAAGCACAUCAAUUUGGAUGUGUUUACACACUCUUAGGACGAGCACGCUGGUUCCCUUCACUGAAAAAAGCAAGCAGCUUUCUGAAAGGCCACAUUGAACGAGCUGCCAUCAAUACUCCAGUGCAGGGAAGUGCUGCGGAUGUUGCAAUGUGCGCCAUGCUCGAAAUAUCAAAGAACCCACGAUUGAAGGAGCUUGGCUGGAAAUUGCUUUUACAGGUUCACGAUGAAGUAAUUCUUGAAGGGCCAACAGAGUCAGCCGAGGAAGCCAAGGCUAUUGUAGUUCACUGCAUGUCCAAUCCGUUUGACGGGAAGAAUUUUCUCAGAGUUGGGCUAUCAGUUGAUGCGAAAUGUGCUCAAAACUGGUAUUCUGCCAAGUAGAGAACAGAUUCGGUUCUCAUAACAGGGAGAUCUUUUACUAACCUCUCUCCUUCACACUCCUAAGUGCAUUGAAAGGUCCCUUUUUGGUAUUUAGCUUCUCAAAUUCCUGGCGUUUUUCCAUGUAACCACGACGAGGUGUGCCAACCAGCAAAUGGCGGCGGCUGCUUUUCUUCGAUCCAAUGGUUUUUUGUGAUGCAUGGCAUGUAUAUAUAUGUAUGAUAGAAUGUAAGACAUGAAUUUGUUUGAUAUGCUGUAAUCUUUAAUCUUCAUGAGGGUUAUUAUAAACACUUGGUUAUAAGGUUAAAGUAGAUUUGGAAGACAGGCUGAGAAGUGAGAACUAACCAAAGUUGGAUAUUA